UCUUGAAAAUUCUCAAACAUGGGUGUCCAUAUCAUGAGAAUAAAAAUAGCUCUCGUGAGCUUAUUUUUACUUGAAACUAGUAUAGUUUUUGGGGAUAUAGGCACUGCAACAUCUUACAAUCCUCCUUAUACACCAACAAGAUGCAAUGGAAAUAGAGGAGAUCAAUUUCCGGCAGGGAAUUUGUUUGUAGCAGUAAGUGAAGGGUUGUGGGAUAAUGGGGCGGCGUGCGGGCGGCGUUACAGAUUGAGAUGCAUGAGUGGAAGUGGCCGUUGGCCGUGCAAGGGCGGCACGAUUGACGUUAGGGUGGUGGAUUACUGCCGCAAAAGGCCAUGCCCUUCCACCAUUGCCUUGUCCAGUGAUGCUUUCUCUGAAAUCUCUCGUUCUCCUAAUGCUAAAAUCAAUAUAGAAUACAUCCAGAUUUAGUACGAAGAAUUACAGCGGCUAUUUAUUCCCAAACUUUGACAAGAUUUUGCAGUUAGUUUUCAACAAACUGAUGUAUAGAAGAGAGGCUAAAAAGGUGGACAAGUGGAGCUGUAAUGGAAAAGUCAUGUGUACUAGUUGGUAAUGGUUGAAGAUAGGAGUGGGAAAUUUGAUACUUAAUUCUUCCAUUGUGUAUUAAUUUUCACCUUUGUUUUUUCAUACUUUUUUUUUAUAGAAAGAAGUGGGAUUCUUUUGUGUAUUUUUGGACAUUGUCCUUUGUCGACAGUGGCGGAGUGACCCGCUUCGUUAAAAAAUAAUAUUGUGUAUAUGUAUAAAUUAGGAUUAA